AUGGCGUCAAAGGCACGCGUCACAUUUAAUAUCCUGCUUGCGGCGUUAAUAAUCGAAAAUAUAUUAAGAUUUCCUUUAGUUACUUUAAUUAAUAAUUCGUUUAAUAGUACCAUAUACAAAACACCUGAAUUCUAUGGUAUUAGUUUAGAAGAGCAUAACGUGACGACUGAAGAUGGUUAUAUAUUAAAAAUAUUUAGAGUAAGUGGGAGGAAUUGUGUUGUGAAGAAGAAGCCACCAGUGAUUCUGAUGCAUGGAUUACUUCAGAGUUCAGAUGUUUGGUUCGAUGCUGGACCCAAUGCAGGACUGGCCUAUCUCUUAACAGAGGCUUGCUUCGAUCUGUGGCUAGGAAACCAACGUGGUAACUAUCACGCUAAAAGACAUUUGUUCCUGGAUCCGGACAGAAAUCCACGUUUUUGGCAUUUCUCUGUCGAUGAAAUCGGCUUUUAUGACAUACCAGCGACAAUAGAUUACGUUUUAAAAGCAACUGGUGAGAAGAAACUCAAUUAUAUUGGAUACUCUCAAGGUGCUGGCACUUUCUUCAUCAUGUGUUCCGAGAGACCUGGAUAUUGUGAUAAAGCCAAUGUCUUGAUCGGUGUAGCCCCAGCUGCUCGUCAAACUCACACUAAGUCAGUGCCAUACAGAACUAUGACGAAAAGUGUUGAAAAUUUAGAAAGUACUCUAACAAAUAUGGGUAUUAACGAAUUAUUUGCAAGAGGAUCUUUCGGCCAGCAAUUCAGUUCUUUCUUCUGUAGCUUGAAUUCCAUAACCGCCGAUGUGUGUGGACUAUUUAUCGGAUUUAUUGACUCUCUUCAUACGGAAUCAAUUAAUGUGAAAACCUUACGUCACCUUUUCAGACAUUUCCCGGAUGGAACAUCAACACACAAUAUUGCUAGAUACGGCCAGAGUAUGUCAACGAGAUUCUUCCAAAAAUUCGACUAUGGUGAAGCCAAGAAUCGUAAGAUCUAUGGGGAUACAAAACCACCGAAAUAUAAUCUAAGUGCGGUCACUGUACCGUUUGUUAAUCUGUAUGGAAGAAACGAUAAGCUUGUGGAUCCAAAAGACAUUACCUGGUUAAUAAAACAGUUACCAAACGUCUUAGAAGAUGUUGAAGUAGCAGACCCAGCGUGGAAUCAUUUUGACGUAGCUUACAGUCAGCUAUCAAAGAAAUUGAUUUAUCCUAAAAUAGACGAAUAUUUGUCGAAAUACAGUGAUAUUAUGUGA